AUGGCUGAAACACCUCCGCGCUCAGGCUCUCAGGGGCCGGUCGUGCUGGCUAUUGCCAUUUCUUUUGGAGCCAUAACCUUGGUGGUGAUAUCCCUUCGUUUGCUCACCAAAGUUCUCAUCCACCGUCAUGUUGGACUUGAUGAUUAUCUGAUUGUUUGCGCGGCUCUCCUGACAUGGGCCUUCAUGGUCAUGAAUAUUCUCUGCGUGAGUCACGGCAUGGGCCAUCAUAUCGAAGUUGUCAUGGCCAGGGGUCCCGAGAAUUUCUCAGUCUAUAUGAAGGAGGUCUACGCCUCAUCCGUUUUCUACAAUGCCAGUCUGGGAUUCAUCAAAUGCUCGUUUCUGGCGUUGUAUGCUCGAUUAGGUGACAAACAGUUGCGCAGAUUAUCAUUUGUUGUCGCGACCAUUGUCGCCUGCUCAGCAUCUGCAAAUGUUCUUGUCUGCAUCUUUCAAUGCCGUCCAAUUCGCGCAGCUUGGGAUACCAACGUCCAAAACGCAAAAUGUGUCAACAUCAAUGCAUUUUACCUCGCCAAUGCAGGAACAAAUAUCGGCACAGAUCUUCUGACAUAUUUGUUGCCCAUGAGAUUGGUCUGGCACUUGCAGCUCCCCAGAAAGCAGAAGAUUGCCGUUGGUGUAAUGCUUUGCCUGGGUCUCUUUGCGUGUGUCUCCUCCAUCAUCCGUAUUACGUUCAUCCCGGCCAUGCUCACCUCCACAGACGCCACCUACGUGAUUAGCCCUCCAUUUUACUGGUCCGUCAUCGAAAUCAAUAUUGGCAUUUGGGCUGCCUCGGUUCCUUCCUUCAAACUGCUGGUCAAACGCUUCUUACCUCGCCUCUUGCAAGACGGUUCAAGUCGUCGUCGUCAAGCCUAUGACUCUGGCCCCUUACGUAAAGGUUAUACGAAAGACGGUAGUGGCUUCAACAAGCUCAGCAAUCACAACGCCGUGCAUAUGGCUUCCUUGACAAAAGAUGGAACAACAAUCGUUGUGGGCGACACACCGUCUGGUUGGAGUAAUGAACACAAGGUCAACGAUUCGCCUCAUGAUACAUAUUCUGUUCAAGGAGCAGAGUCGAACAAUGACAGACGGACGUCUACGGAUAGUCAAUCGAGCCGAAAGCAAAUGGUGAGACCAACUAUGGGGGUUAUUACGCGGACCACCGAAGUCGCCAUCACAUCCGAAGGAGGUCGCAUGCCAACAGAUGGUCGCCGCGCGGCCGGGCUGGAUUUCUGA